AUGUCCAAGGGGACCCGCCUGAGAGGUUUUAGCCGUGAGUGUGUGUCUGUGGAACCGCGUGCGCCCAUAUCUGCCAAGCGCUGUCAGAUUGACAUCCACGGAGACAUGAACAGCUCCUUCUUCGACCAAGCCCAGGGCGUACUAUUCAACAGGAGCCAAGUCCUCGCUGGUACUCUGGCGAACUGCUGCAACGCGACCGAAGUGGCAACCAGUGACGGCGGCUCGCUGGCGCUACCUCCGGACGAGCGGAAACUCUUCAUCAGUCGCGUCGUACAGAUCGCCGUCCUGUGCGUACUGUCGCUCACCGUCAUGUUUGGUAUCUUUUUCCUCGGCUGCAACCUCAUGAUCAAAUCAGAGAGUAUGAUUAACUUUAUGGUGAAGGACCGGAGACCUUCCAAAGACGUAGAGGCGCCGGGGAUGAUAGGACUCAGGUAG